UCAGCACCGUGAGGUCCCUGGUUUAGCGGGAGCGCGCUUCUUGCCUCUCUCGCGCGCCUCUCGUUCGGUCAAGUGCAUCAGGCUGUUAUUUCAUGUCUGAAGCCCAGAGUCGGUGAAGAUGGCGAUGUGUGCGUCGCUCCGAUGUGUUUCAGCAAACUUUUCGGCAGCAUUGCCCCUGCUCUCGAGACCAGCACAUAUCUGGACGUGCCAAAAUUCGCUAAGACCAAACAUCUUAAGGACGCUUUACACGAGCUCGCGGCUUUCGGGAGCUCUAAAGUUUACAGACAAACAUGAGUGGGUGCGAGUGGAGGGGAGUGUGGGAACAGUCGGCAUCAGCAACUUUGCUCAGGAAGCGUUAGGUGAUGUGGUGUACUGUGGGCUUCCAGAAGUGGGAACAAAGCUUGAACAAAUGGAGGAGUUUGGUGUUUUAGAAAGUGUCAAAGCUGCUAGUGAGCUGUAUUCUCCACUGACUGGAGAGGUGACCGAAAUCAACACAAAGCUGGCAGAUAACCCUGGACUAGUAAAUAAAACCUGCUAUGAAGACGGAUGGUUAAUUAAGAUGACCAUAGAGAAACCUGCAGAACUUGAUGAACUCAUGGAUGAAGCUGCUUAUGAAAAAUUCAUCAAAUCCCUUGAUUCAUAAAGCUUUUCAGACCGUUAUUGAUCAUUCAGAGCCUUUAAGGAUUCAUGACGGCUACUUUAGAAUGCUGAUGGUAGAAUGAGUACUAAUACAAUUCUUUGAAAUCUAUUUAUUUUGGUUUUGUAAUUUCUUUUUCCACCAAAAUAAUCUUUUGUAAAGUGCUAGUUUAACAAACUUGUGAAUUUUGCAGCCAAAAGCCAAAUAUUUCAAAGGGCUUUUGGAUACAAUUUGAGGUGCUUUAAAUGUACUCAAACAAAGAGAGGGCUGCUUCUGCUGAUUGUCUUAAAUAGUACGUUUGUCAGUGUAACGUGACAUGCAAUAAAAUCAAAAAUGUAA